ACAACACUAACAACAGGGCAUAGGCAGGAGCGCCGUGUGUUUGAAUACCACUGCUGCCAAAACCGUUAUGGGCUAACCAUGUCAGACAACAGGCCUGAACACUGUCGCGGGAGCAGAGAGCACUUAGCAGCCCAGACAGUGUCUGACAGCCCAGCAAAACAGCUAGUUUCUCUCUCUCAGGAAACACACAUUACUGCUCCGCAGGCAGCCAGGCAUAAAGAGAACAAGGUGCCUAUUCUCACUCACUCCUUGGAGUUCUCCCUCUCCCUCGCUCCUAACAUUUGAGAUGGUGCUUUGAGUGUUGCUUUUCUGAGGCAGUCCUCGUAACAGGAUCAGAGAUCCGCUUUGCAGCUGGAACUCACUCACACUGUGAGACUGUGUGGAGGUCUGCUACAUGGAGAAUAAGCAUCCAAGUAAUGUUCCAGGUCUUAAAUCUCCCCAUGUCAUCUGCACACUGUCCUUCCACACAAGUACCCCAGCCUCCAACAAACAGGACUUCUACGCGGUGUUGGAGGUACCACGCACUGCCACCCAGAAAGAGAUCAAGAAAGCGUAUUAUCAGAUGGCUAAGAAGUAUCACCCUGACACCAACAAGGAAGACCCUAAGGCCAAGGAGAAAUUUGCUCAGCUGGCUGAAGCUUAUGAGGUGCUGAGUGAUGAGGUGAAGAGGAAGCAGUAUGACGCGUACGGGGUGGCAGGGUUCGACGCCAGCCAGGCGGGCGGUGGUGGACACCAGCAGUACUGGAGCGGACAGGCCAACAGCGUGGACCCAGAGGAACUGUUCCGCAAGAUCUUUGGGGAGUUCUCUGGAAACCGUGGCUUCGGCGACUUCAAUGCCGUAUUUGAUCAGCCCCAGGAGUUUAUCAUGGAGCUGACGUUCACCCAAGCUGCCAAGGGGGUCAACAAAGAGAUGGCGUUCAACACUGAGGCCAGCUGCCAGCGAUGUGAUGGCAAAGGGAGCGAGCCUGGCACCAAGGUUGUGCACUGCCACUACUGCAACGGCUCUGGCAUGGAGACGGUGAACACGGGCCCCUUUGUGAUGCGGUCGACAUGCCGUCGGUGUAAUGGAAAAGGCACUGUGAUCUCCACCCCAUGUAACUCCUGUCACGGGACCGGACAGACCAGACAGAAAAAGACAGUAAUGGUCCCUGUCCCAGCAGGUGUUGAGGACGGUCAGACGGUCAGGAUGCCUGUGGGGAAGAAGGAGGUGUUCAUCACGUUUCGGGUCCAGAAGAGCCCAGUUUUCAGACGGGACGGCGCAGACAUCCACUCUGACGUGCUGAUCUCUGUGGCUCAGGCUGUACUGGGGGGCACGGCCCGGGCACAGGGCCUCUACGAGACAGUCAACCUCUCGAUCCCUGCUGGGAUCCAAACAGACCAGAGGAUCCUCCUCUCUGGGAAGGGCAUCGCACGGAUCAGUGGCUAUGGAUACGGAGAUCACUACGUCCACGUCAAAGUCCGAGUCCCCAAGAUCCUGACAGACAGACAAAAAGCUCUGCUCAUGAGCUACGCAGAGGAUGAGACUGAAGUGGAGGGGACAGUCAAUGGUGUCACAAGCACCACUGCAGGUAAAAGGUCCACUGGGAACUGAGGCGAGUGUCCGAGGGUAGAGAGAUGAUGCCCUAAGAAGACAGCCACAAGGAGAGACCAGAUAUGGGGACAGGUGGUGGGGGAGUGUUGGAGGGAUGAUGUCUACUGGACAAGACUAGUUACCCCAGAUCUACCUUCACAGAUCUCCUUUCAUCCUUGAUCAGUUACAUAGCAGUGGAAGACAAUGGACUGAAACAGACUCAAACAGAAUGUGGUCCUAACUCAUACCUGCUGCCUAAAACACAAAUCCAAGAGGAAAUAUGCUCUGGAAGUACCAGGAAGUGACUGCCCCUUAGGCAUGUAAUUUUUUGGAUGGUGUUAAAUGUGCAAAAAUGUUGCGCAAUGGUAUUCAAACAUAUCAUAAAAGGCAUUGGGCAGAAGUAAAUUCAUCCACAAAUAUAAUUCUACAUCUUAAAUGACCACAUGUUCAAAAGAUUGGGGUACGUGAUCCGUACGUAAAGCGAACGGGCGGCAAAUUUAACAGGGUAUUCCAUAGAUGUUCCUAAUGUUCCUGUCCAUCAGAUUCCUAACCGUGUGAUAGCAGCGCAGUCAGUCACUCAAAGUAUGGUCUGUGCUGUCUGAGGAAUGCACUGUUGCCAGUGAUGGCUAAAAAAAUCAUGGAUAUACGAAACAUUAGACACCUCCAUAAUAUUGAGUUGCACCCCCUUUUUCCCUCAGAACAGCCUCAAUUCAUCAGGGAAUGGACUCUACAAUGUGUCAUGCGUUCCACAGGGAUGCUGGCCCAUGUUGACUCCAAUGCUUCCCACAGUUGUGUCAAGUUGGCUGGAUGUCCUUUGGGUGGUGGACCAUUCUUGAUACACACAGGAAACUGUGAAAAAACCCAGCAACACUGCAGUUUGUGACACUGGUGCGCCUGGUACCUACUAUCAUACCCUGUUCAAAGGCAUUUCAAUCUUUUGUCUUGCCCAUUCACUCUCUGAAUGGUACACACACACAAUACAAGUCUGGUCUCAAAGCUUAAACUUCCUUCUUUAACCUGUCUCCUCCCCUUCAUCUACACUGAUUGAAGUAAAUUGAAGUGUCAUUAAUAAGGGAUCAUAGCUUUCACCUGGUCAGUCUGUCAUGGAAAGAAGUUAUUCCUAAUGGUUUGUACACUUAGGGUAUAAGAAUAUAAAAUUAAUUUAAUUUAAAAGGCCUGUGCUGCAAUAAGGAGCUUUGUUUUGGUUGAGAUCCUCCUGAUUUCUUAAUGUGUAAUAAGUUUGUUCUGUAAAGUUAACUCUGCUUCCUAUCUAUCUAGCCACUGCAAUGAGUUCUACCAACCUAGUAACAGCAUUAGUACUGUCAAACAGCUAUGGUGAGAUAAAGAGGAAGUUGUCUGGCUGAUAUACCUUUCUGUUACAUAAAAAAGUAAUGUAUGUGGAGAUGCAUUUGGGUCUGAGAACCCAGUCAUCCAGGAUGGGCAUGACUCAAACCAGUUGGAUCAGAUGUGGCUGGACCUCUUCCCUCCUACUCUGCUCCUCGUCAACCCCUUCUCUCUUGAUGAAUCUGAGGAUUCACUCAAAGCAGCACACGUUCAUGUACCUCCAUUCUGCCUCCUUAUAUUUGUAAAUACACAGCUGUUGAUAUUGCAACCAUACCAAUGUGUCAUGUUAGAAGUAAAUAACAAAGUGAAAUCUAAA